AUGAGUGACCUCCAGCGGGCCUGGGCCAAGCGCAAGGUCGACGCCAUCCCAGAACCCUUUGACGAGUUACCCGACGACGACGCAGAUGAGCUCUCGGAACUACCAGACCACCUCGACGACGGCGACUCGUCCUCGGCGUCGUCGGCGUCAUCUACGGGCACGAUCAUCCCGUCGCCGAGUCAGCGUCUUUUCGCCCGCCCAGGCGCCGCCCUCUCGCGCCCCGGCCGCUCCUGGGAGCCCGUGCCGUGGACGACCUACUUUGAGCGCGAGCUGUUCCUCGAGCACGACGCCACGACCACGUACCAUGCCUACCUGACGUCCCCCUCACCGCAAGGAGGUCCCCUGUUCGUAGCCCACCACGGCGCCGGCUCGUCAGCCCUCUCCUUCGCUCUUGUCGCCGCCGAGAUCCGCCGCGCCCUGCCCCAUGCCGGCUUUCUGUCCCUCGAUGCCCGCGGCCACGGCGCCACCGUGACCCCGGACCAGGACCGCCCCGACCUCUCGCUGCCGACCUUGACGGCCGACCUCGCCGCCGUCAUCGCCCUGACGGCCCGCCGCAUGGCUUGGCCCGCCGACGCCCUGCCGCCCAUGAUCCUCGUCGGCCACUCGCUCGGCGGCGCCGUCAUCACCUCCCUCGCCGCCGAUCCGCCGCCCGACCUGGCCCCGCGCCUCCUCGGCCACGCAGUCCUCGACGUUGUCGAGGGCUCCGCCAUGGACGCCCUGCAGAGCAUGCACGCCUACCUGUCGACGCGCCCCGCCGGCUUCACCUCUAUCGAGGCCGCCAUUGAGUGGCACGUCCGCUCGCGCACCGUCCGCAACGCCCUGUCGGCGCGCACCUCGGUGCCCGCCCUGCUCGUCGAGCGCGUCGCCGCUGCCACCGACACAGAGGCAGACACAGGCAGCAGACCGCAGACCGCGGCCCGCCCCUGGCGCUGGCGCACCGACCUCGCCGCGACGCAGCCCUUUUGGGAGGACUGGUUCACCGGCCUCUCGGCCCGCUUCCUCGCCGCUCGCGGCGGCAAGCUGCUGCUCCUCGCCGGCACGGACCGCCUCGAUACGACGCUGACCAUUGGUCAGAUGCAGGGGCGGUAUGCCCUGCAAGUCUUCCCCGAGGCCGGCCACUUUAUCCACGAGGACCUGCCCGAGAAGACGGCCGUGGCGCUCGUCGACUUCUUCCGCCGGAACGACCGCGGGGCGCUGGUGCUGCCGCCCAAAGUGGGCGAUUUGCUGCGGCAGGGGAAGCGCGUCUGA